AUCUAGAAAAAAUAAUAAAAAAUUGAAAUACUAAAAGCAGUAGCCUCAAACCAUUUUGAUAUCAAAGGCACUGCUUCGAAAUAAGUUUCCAGCUUCUCAAGUAAGCUUGUAAGAAUAUCACUGCUUGAAAUUUUUAUGAUCAGACCAUAAUCAGAGGACAAUUGCAAUAAAAGGAGGCCGUUUUGCUACUUUUGAUUACUGAGAUCAUCUCAAUGUCUUUAUCAAAAUUACCGGUGAAUUCGCCACCGGCGGCGAAGAAAGUGGAGCAUGUUAUGGAAAUGUUCGGCGAUCUUAGAAUAGAUCAUCACUACUGGCUCCGCGACGACUCUCGCUCUGAUUCUGAUGUCAUUUCUCAUCUCCAACAAGAAAACGCCUACACUAAUUCCUUUAUGUCCGGAACCAAAGAAUUUGAGGAGCAGCUUUUCGCUGAAAUAAAAGGGCGAAUAAAGGAGGAGGACAUAUCUGCACCCAGAAGAAAAGGACCUUACUACUACUAUACGAGGACUCUUGAGGGCAAGGAAUAUGUUCAGCAUUGUCGACGCUUCAUAUUGAACAAUGAAGUCCCUCCUUCAGUUCAUGAUGUUAUGGGGACUGGGCCUAAUGAUCCUCCUGAGCAUGUUAUACUGGAUGAGAAUGUUAAGGCUCAAGGGAAUGAAUAUUAUAGCAUUGAUGCUUUCGAGGUUAGUCCAAAUCACAAACUGGUUGCAUAUGCAGAAGAUACUAAGGGGGAUGAAGUUUACACAGUUUAUGUUAUGGAUGUGGAAACUGGGGACCUUGUUGAGAAGCCAUUGACUGGUACGACUUCAUCUGUUCAGUGGGCCGGGAAUGAUUUUCUUGUUUAUGGCACAAUUGAUGAAGUGCAUCGUUCUGAUAAGGUGUGGUUACACAAGUUGGGAACAGAUCAAUCAAGUGAUUCUUGCCUUUAUCACGAGAAGGAUGAUAAAUUUUGUCUGGGUCUUGCAGCCUCAGAGAGUGAAAAGUAUAUAUUUAUUGUAUCUGACAGCCAAUGUACGAGGUCUGUCUUGUAUAUCGAUGUUUCUAAUCCUGAAGGUGGUGCUAAGGUUUUUGCACCAUGCGUACACGGUGUUGAUAUAACUGUCAGCCAUCGAGGAAAUCAUUUCUUUAUUCAAAGGAGAACUGAUGAGCUUUUCAAUUCAGAGCUACUGGCCUGUCCAGUUGAUAACAUCUGUGCAACUACAGUUCUGAUUCCUCACAGGGAAAGUACAAAAAUUUGGCAUGUACAGCUCUUUGCUGACCAUCUAGCUGUAUAUGAGCGCGAAAAUGGUCUGCCUAAAAUAACAACAUAUCAGCUCCCAGCCAUUGAUGAGCCAGUCACAAGCCUCGCAGGUGGUCAAACUGUUGAUUUUAUUGACCCCGUAUACUGUGUGGAUUCAGAAGAGUCAGAAUUUUCUUCUAGCAUUUUGAGGUUUUCAUACAGUUCAUUGAGGACUCCUCUCUCUGUGUAUGAAUAUGAUAUGAACACAGGCAUCUGUGUUCUGAAGAAGAUUGAAACAGUCUUGGGAGGUUUUGAUUCAUCUAAUUUCAUUACUGAAAGGAAAUGGGCCACAGCUUCAGAUGGCACCCAGAUUCCUAUAUCAAUAGUUUACAGGAAGGACCUUGUGAAACUUGAUGGAUCUCAUCCAUUACUGCUUUAUGGCUAUGGCUCAUAUGAGAUGAGUAUUGAUCCCACAUUUAAGGCAUCGAUGCUUUCUUUAUUGGAUCGUGGCUUUAGCUACGCGAUAGCUCAUAUUCGCGGAGGCGGUGAAAUGGGGAGACAGUGGUAUGAGAAUGGGAAGUUCUUGAAGAAAAAGAAUACCUUUACAGAUUUUAUUACUUGUGCAGAAUUUUUAAUUGAACAGAGGUAUUGUUCAAAGGAAAAUUUGUGCAUCGAAGGCAGAAGUGCCGGUGGAUUGCUUAUUGGUUCUGUUCUUAAUAUGAGGCCUGAUCUGUUCAAGGCUGCAAUUGCUGGUGUACCUUUUCUGGAUGUUCUGACUACUAUGCUGGAUCCAAGUAUCCAUCUUACGACUGAAGAGUGGGAGGAAUGGGGAGACCCUAGUGAGGAAGAGUUCUACUUCUACAUGAAGUCAUAUUCCCCAGUUGAUAAUGUUAAGCCUCAAAAUUAUCCCAACAUCCUCGUUACAACAGGCUUGCAUGAUCCACGAGUUUUGUACUCAGAACCUGCUAAAUUUGUGGCAAAAUUGAGAAGUAUGAAAACUGAUGACAAUGUGGUUUUACUCAAGUGUGAUCUCUGCGCUGGACAUUCUUCAAAGUCGGGAAGAUUUGAGAAGCUUCAAGAGGAUGCAUUCAAAUAUACUUUUCUGUUGAAGGUUCUUAAUAUGAUUCCUGAUCUUGGGUCUGCCCAGAAUUGAUGAGACCUAUUUAUAGAAGAAGUAGUGCUAAGAUUAAAUAUUAUAAUGUCUUGGCAAAAACUUUGGCCUUAGACUGGCUUCAGCAACUUCGCCCUUUAAGCGGAGCGGAGUCCGCCUAAAGAAGAACGUAAUUAAUGUAAAUUCUGCGGAAAAAAUAAAAUGAAAAGGGCAGAAUCACGAUGUGGUGCUUUAGGUUUAGAACAUUGUCAUAAGAUAUUAGUGUGAAAUUAUACAUAUAAUGAGAUGAACAAACAAUAAUGAGAUUAUAUAUAUUUUAAAAAUAGAACUGGCCGGUCAAACUAUUUUCAUCUUAAA